GAAGAGCCGCGAAAUUUGAAUAUGUAGUAUUACGUCACAAAAAAUCAAUAUUUUGUUGAGUUAAAGAUUUUGCCGAUUUAUGUGUAUUUUGUGAAGAGUACAUAGUCUUUGUUUUUUACCGGGAGUUUAUUAUAACUUUCAUGCUUGCAAGCGUAUGCGUUUAAUAGUUUUGUUUAAGUAACUAAACGUUUUUGGAUAGUCGCCAAACAUUAAAUAUUUGACAGAUUUAAUUUCAAUUGCGAUUUAUGAACCUUGGGAUACGUGUGCAGUUACUUUCCAGGGCUCAGAUUAGGUGUUAUCAUAGAAUCUGUAGAAUAAUGAAGCACGUGUCACUUUCUCAGACGAACGAUUUGAUGCCUACAUUAGGUUUGGGGACCUGGCAGGCUCCCCCCGAUGUAAUAGAAUCGACGGUUUACAAUGCUCUUAACCUGGGGUAUAGACAUAUAGACACAGCAUUCAACUACAACAACGAAGAGGCUAUUGGAACUGCUAUAAAAAAAUGGAUAUCUGAUGGAAAAGGAACGCGAAAAGAUUUAUUUGUAACCACCAAGCUACCGCACGUAGGCAACCGCGCGGAGGAUGUAGAUAAAUUUCUGACUCUUCAACUCAAGCGCCUGCAAUUGGAUUAUGUAGAUUUGUACCUCAUUCACGUGCCGUUUGCUUUUCAUUGCGACGAUCAGACGCUCACGCCAAAAGUAAAGUCAACUGGUGAAUAUGAGUUGGAUACCGAAACAAACCACAUUAUGAUAUGGAAGAAACUGGAAGAAUGCCAGGAAAAGGGAUUGAUCCGUAACAUAGGCCUAUCAAACUUCAAUGAGAAACAAAUUACAAAAAUUAUGCAGAGCUGCAAUUUUAAGCCUCAGGUGUUGCAGGUGGAACUUCAUGCUUACUUCCAACAGCAGGACCUUCGUAAAUUCUGUUCAGAUUACGAGAUUGUUGUGACAGCAUAUGCACCUCUUGGCAGUCCAGGUGCUAAGGAUCAUUUUGUAAACAAAUAUAAUUACAACCCUGACACCUUCCCAGAUUUACUAGGACAUAAAGACGUGAAAGAGAUAGCAGAGAAACACGGAAAGACGCCAGCACAAGUGCUUCUGAACUUCUUAGUUGCUCAAAGAGUUGUCGUAAUCCCGAAAAGUACUAGUGUAAAUAGACUCAAGGAAAACAUGUCGAUAUACGACUUUGAGUUAAGUUCGUCGGAAGUAAAUCGUCUGAAAAAGUUGGAUAAAGGAGAAGAUGGGCGUAUCUUCAACUUUUUGUUUUGGAAAGGAGUAGAGAACCAUCCUGAAUAUCCCUUCAAGAUACAAAAGGUAGAAGUUGAACAAGUUAAGCAAUAAAUAAAUUCUCGACAUACACAUACUAGUCAAACUCUACGUCUUGUAUUAUUUUACAAGACGAGACCAAAGAUAUUAAUUUAUUUGCUUGUAAUUUUAUUUAUUU